CUCUCUGAUCCAGGUUCACGCUCAUCCCGUCAAGCCGCUUUUUCUAGUCUCUUCUUCCGCUCCUUGUCCACUGUUCUCAGAGCCCUUAACAUCGAAUUAACCUUAAGGGGAAAGGGAUGAAGUUGAAAAGACUCUGAAACGCGCUUCGCGGAAGCGUGUCCCUGCGGCCGCCUCGUAGCCGCCGGCGCGCCCAGCGAGGAGCGCGACGUCGGCCCCGCCCCUCAUUGCCAUGGCGGCCCGGGGCGCCGGGCCGGCCAGCGAGAACGUGCGCUAUGCCGAGUACGCGCCCCCAGCCGCCCAACGGCCCGAGUCCGACUUCGACCAGGGCCUGGCCAGGACGUUGAUAGCAGUGGGGCUUGGGGUUGCAGCCUUUGCAUUUGCAGGUCGCUGUGCAUUUCAAAUCUGGAAACCUCUGGAACAAGUAAUCACAGAAACUGCAAAGAAGAUUCAAUCUCCUAGCCUUUCAUCCUACUAUAAAGGAGGAUUUGAGCAGAAAAUGAGUAGGCGAGAAGCUAGUCUUAUUUUAGGCAUAAGGUGGAUCUCCUUAUUUAGCAACCAAAAUAAACGAAGCAAAAGACUUGCUAGAAUCCAGCACCAAACAGUGAUGCUCAAGGACUACUGUGAUAGAAAGUGGAACUUUUAAAAGAUGUAAUAAAGUUCUACAAAAUUAAACUAUACCAUUGCUUUCUAGUCUAUACCUAUAUAUAGAGAGAGAUAGAUUAACUGUUCUGGUUUUGAUCUAUUUGAAAAUAAAAAUGAAUAUACUGGUUUGUAAUAAUUUUUAGUUUUUAAACAUCAUCUUGAAAUAAAUAGCUGUGAUAUUU